AUGGAGAGGCGCCCGGAGACGGAGAGACCGAGGAUGGGGUAUCCGCCUCAGUCGCAGCCUUCGAUAUACUUCGGCGAGCGCGCCUUCAAACCCGCCGUGGAGCCCGCCGUGCCCCGAUCUCCCUCGACGCACGCGAAAGCGAUCGAAGAGCUCAGGGGCGCAGCCCGCGUUACCGUCGCCGACGACCUGAGGCACGCCUACCCGGCGACGUUCAAGGCGUUGGAGUUCAUCAGAUCCCGCGCCCCACACCUCCUCCCGCGCGAGCAGACGGAGGACGCCGCGCGGACGAAGGCGCAGGCGGGAACGGCAGGCCCGUACGACUUCCCCGUCGGUGCGUCCGAGCUCUGGGAUCGGAACCCGAUCGGCCCGCCCUUACACGUCGGCGCCAGGCAGCACAUCCCGCUCCUGAAGCUGACCCCGGACGUUACCAUCCUACUCGCGAGCAUCGCCGCGGAGGUCACGUCCGAGGCGAACGAGGCCAGGCGCCUCCGAGCCCUCGAGGGCGCGGCGGAAGAGUCGGGCGACGAGGACGACGAUCGGUCGUCGUCGCUCCGCUUCUACAGGAGGGCGCACCUCGCCGGCGUCCUGUCCACCCGGCACGUCGAGUUCGACGACCACGCGGCCGCCACCCGGACCACGUGCAUCACGCUCGAGAAGGUGAGGGAUCCGAGGGAGUCGAACGGAUUCGGCGCGGAUUCGACCGAACCGUCCGCCGUCGUCAUCGAGGCGUCCGUCAUGGAAGAGAAUGGCGGCGAAGACUCAGACGACGACGACGUUGAACAAGUUGAACAUAUUGAACGCGUCGGACGUUCGUCGGACGACGACGAGGAGGAGGAGGAGAAGGAGAAGGAAGGGGAUGAUGGGAACGUAGACGCCGUCGCGGCGAGGCUCGACGAGUGUGCGUGGCGCGGCGGCUCCGCGGACGACCUGCUCUACGCCAGGUGCUCCAAGCGCGUGCGGUUGCGCCCGGCGGCGGUGCUCCCCAUGCAAGCGGCGGCGGCGCUCGUAAACGGAUUCGACGACGACGACUGCGUACCGGGUACCGCCGACGACGCCGCCGAGCUCCUCGCGGUCACCGCCGCGAUGCAGCUGCCGAACGUCACGUUCAGGCUCACGCCGAUCGAGACCUCGCGCGGCGUCGCGCCGGUACCCCUGGCUUGGGACCUGGAGCGUUUACAGCGCCGAUGGAACGCGGAGGCUGAGAACCGAUUGGCGAGGAUCGCCUCGACGAGCCGACCCGGCGGCCACGACGUCGACGAGUGCGCCAGCGGUUUCCUCACCCUCGACGCCGCCAAACGCCUCGUCCCCAUCGCCGACGUGGACCCGCGCGCCUUCGAGGUCCCCGUGGUGGGCGUGUGGUACGCCGGCGCCGCAGUCCCGGCGCACCUCGGGGUAUGGUCCGCGAUGCUUCGAUUCGCCGCGCACGACGGUUUCAAACGCAAGGCGACGAUGGGGGGUGCCGAGGGGGGUGCUGAGGGGGGUGCCGCCGACGCGUCGUUCUUACUGGCGAUGUACCCGCCUCCAUCGCGCACGGGGACGCGGUGCGACCCGGGGAGACCGAACGUGUACGACGUGGUGACAAUUCCGGGGACGAAGCCGUUCUCGAGGUUCGUCGCGCGGGUGCGAUGCGCGCCGGGUGAAGCCGGCGAGGCUCCCUUCGUGUCCGUCCCGGAUGAUGAUUCCGAGGCUUUGACGUCUCCCCGUCUCGUCUCCCCGUUGAAUCGAUCGUCGACGACGAGCGGGGAGGCGGCCGGGGCGCGCGUGAACCAGCGGUACGCGACGAUAGUCCCCGACCUCGACGACGACGACGACGACCUCGACGACGACGACGACGACCUCGACGACGACGACGCGUUCGAGGCGUCGAGUGACAUCGCUAAGCCCCCGAGCUCGGUUUCGCCGCUCACCGAGUACCGCUAUCCCCCCCGAAAGGGAAAGGACGCGAAGGCGAAGGCGACGUCCCCGCCGCAGGUUUCGCCGGAAGGAGGCCGGGGGUUGGGGAAGAUCCGGCCGUCGACGCGGUACGAGGCGACCGCGCGGGUCGUGGCGUCGCUUCGCCGGACGGCGGAGGCGUCCCUCCGAGCAUCCGUCCAACGCGGCGACGAGACCGCGUAUUUCGUUCCCAGCGCGAGGGCGAGCCUGGUUGCCAAGCGGGGGUACUACGGCGUCGCGGACGAGGUGGUGAGGGAGCAGCAGCGGCAGAUCACGGAGCUGGCGGCGGCGGUGAGGGCGCUUCGCGCGGAGAUUGCGGCGGCGGGCGACGGCGGCGAAAUGGGCGGUGAGUCACCGGGCGGUGAGUCACCGGGGGAGUCACCGGGUGGUGAAUCACCGGGCGCGGACGUCGAGGCGGAGGCGGAGGCGGAGAGGACGAAGGAGCCCGCGGUUGUCAAGCCGGAGGAGUCCAGCGACGACGAGGGGCCCGAGGUUGAGCUCAAGACCCCGUCGCCCGAGCCCGAGUUGACGGAGAAGGAGCGCAGGCGACUCGAGAAGCUGGCCAGGAAGGAGACGAAGAGGGCUGAGCGCGAGGAGAAGAAGGCUAAGAAGCGCGAGGAGAAGAAGGGGGUCCGUUCGCGUGACCGAGCCCCCGACGACGACGAGCCCGUCUUGACGGAUGACUCGGAGGAUGUUCCGACGGACGCGCCGACGCCGUCGCCCGAACCGACGAUCGCCCCGAAGAUGUCCAAGGGACGGAAGGCUCGGCUCACGAGGAGGGAGAUGGAGGCGGAACGCCUCGAGGACGUCGAGCUCGAGGAGACGCCGUCGAACCCCGAGAGCAACUCGGCCGAACCGGAGCCUCCCGAGGGCUGCCCCGAGCAACCCCCGCGGACCGAACCGAGGGGCGUCGAUCCGUACGUGGAGCUGGAGAGCACCACGGAGGUGCACGGCGAUCGGUGGGCGGAUCCCAUGCCCGGCCUGCACGAUCCCGACGGGCCGCACCCUACGUCGCCCGAGCUCGAAUUCGUCGCCACGGGAAUCCCACUGGAACAGCGCGGCGGGGCGGACGCGGACGCGACCGACUCCGACGAGGACGAAUCGAUCGUCGCGAACCUUCUCAAGGCGCAGCUCAUGACGCUACCGACGGAUAUGGACGACGAGACGUGUAAGCGUAAGGCUGCCGCGAACGAUGCGUUCACGGUUGGUAAGGUUGCAAACUCGGCUGAUUUCGACGCGAAAGCGAGCGGAAGCGGUUUUCACGCGAUACUCAACCAGGCGAUAAAGCUCGAUCUGGAUCCGAUGUACCCGAUAAUAGAGUACGUGGAGGAUGGCGAAGGGAGCGGUGACGAGGACGAGGAGAUCAUGGCGAAGUACCUCGCCGCCGGUAUCGAGGCCAAGGCCGAGGGGGAACACAGCGAGGGAGAGGCUUAGGCGAUUGAUUCGAUCAAACAAAGGAUUAGACUAUCUAGUCGCGAAGAACACGCACCGGCUUGGGUAGCCCACCUCUCUGCUGAGCAUCUAUGCGAGGGAAAUCUUCAUGCGACGAAGCGAUGGUAUGAAAAGGCCACGCAGAACAACACGCAGAACACAGCACUGAAUAGGACCGCAUCACUGAGGUAUGGGUUAUAUGAUUGCGAAGUUUCCGACGACGAUGACGACAGGCUCACGGGUUCGGGGCUCUGCGACGAAGAAUCAUCUUCCAGUGUUGGAGCCGUAAUCACGCACUUGUGUGCGUGCAUGCCUCUCCUCCUAGGCCAGAGCACGGUACUCCCGUUCAUCAGCAACUGCGUGCGUGUGCCGUCCAGAGUAUAAGACGUCCACGGGUGGCCCUCGUACGUCGACGUGACCCGGACUUGUCCCGGGUCGAUGUCGAGGCUGUGUCUUUGUCGAGGAACGCCCGUGUAAUCCAUCCAAAUCACCCUGAUUUGCACGUUCGUGGCGUUGCGAAAUUCCAGCGACACGUGUUCCGUCGCCUGUCUGCUUCGCACGACUGAAUUCGAGACGAAACCUUUGACUCGCUCGGUGAGCUCGGUGAGGGCCACUUGCACGCUGACGUCGUCAAAGGUUCUGUAAAACCGACGUCGUCGCCGCUGGGGAUUGCUGAACGGAUCGCUGUGUUCUGACGAUGCGGUGGAAUCCCUUAGAGUUGCGUUGCUGUCCACUUGACCGUCAUGGUUCCAGUCUUCGUCCGCGGCGCCUUCCGCCUCCUCCGCGUCGC